CAGGUUUCGUCAUCCUUAAAUCAAGAAACAGAGAAAUUGGCGAAAUGUGAAAGACGUUGCAACGAGCUAGUCACGCAGCUACAAGAGGUUACCAAUCAGCUUGAAGACAGGAAGCAUCAGAUGAUCAGCUUGAAAGGUGAGCUGGGCCAGAAGAAUGACCAACUGAUUGAGAAAGAGAGGGAGGUGAUGGAAUUGAAAAGAGCUCACACCAAUCAACAGCCAUCCGAUGAUAAUCAGGAUGAAAGUACUGAAAUACUUGCUUUGAAGACGACGGUGACAAGCCUGCAAAACAUAGUGAACCAGAAGGAGGAGACAAUCAGUCGUUACCAGACGCUGCUGAAGGAAGCGCGUGAGGAGCACAGCACCGCCAUUCAAGCGAUGAGGCAGGAAAUGAACUCGCUCGAAGAAGAACUCAACAAGCAGACUAUUGCUGCUUCAAGUCGACUGAUGAUCGAGAAAGAGUCCAGUAGACCAGAACAAGUGAAAGUUCUUGUGGAAAAGUACCUGUGCCGAAUACAUGAGCUGGAAGAUGAAAUGGGACAAGCGAGGGACCAAAUCAAACAGUUGACGACUCAGCUGCACGACUGUCACAAGGCACUCUCGGCUCAGCACGAUUCUAUAAAACCAAUACCGGUGUCCCAGAGGUCCGAUAAACGAGUUGAAUACGUCCUAAAAAAGGUCGAUGAAGCUGAGGAAGAGUCAAACGAUGAAAAUAGUAGCGACAAGGACAAUAAAAAAGAUUACAGUGAUGAUGAGAGUGAAGCUACGGAAAGUGAGAAUGCCAAGGAUCAUGAUGGCAAGGAUUUGAAAAGAGAUUACAAUAUAUUAGCUGAUCAGUUGAGAGAUCAGAAUGAGCUGAUAGAGAAACUCAACAACACGAUUGCGGAAUUAAAGAAUAACAAAGGAGAAUCUGUAUCCAGAGAAAGACUAAGAUCAGAAUUGGAAAGAAAGAAAAGAAGAAUUGAGAUGCUGGAAUCAAAAGUUGAGGAGGAUAAAGUGGAAAUCAGUCGUCUCCGUCAUCAACUGACUUCUAGACCUACUCGGCCAGAAGGGGUUGGUUCACUAAAAGAAGAACAACUACUGAAACGAAUUAAAGCACUGGAAGAGGAUCUAAAUGAAGUUCAUCAAAAAGCAGAGAAAGAAAGAGAAAGCCACAGAAAUAAGUGUGCAGAAGAAGUGGAGAGGUGGCAAGAACGAAAACGAUGGCAAAGUAUCAACGAUAAACUGCGCAAUCAGGUAAAGACACAAUCCACUCAGAUUGAAACGCUCAAGUCGAGUCAGCAGCGAUUCAGGGACACAAUCACUCGCUUGGAGCGAGAACGAAACACUUUGGAGAGCAAACUCAAAUCGGUGAAAGGUUCAAUUCCAGCUCAGAGUCUGAUUGAAGAUUUGGAAAGAGAAGUGAAACAGUUGAAAGCUAGAAACGAGUUCUUGAAAAAGACCAGUGAGAUAACAUCCACUUCUUCCCUGUCUGAAGUUAUUGAAUGUCAACAGCGUAAAAUUGAAGCUUUGCAAAUCGCUCAAAAGGGUGAUUCAGCGUUAACCGAAGAAAUAGAGCGCCUCCAGGAAAGAAAAGGCCAACUACAAAAAGCAAACAUCCGUUUGGAAGGGGAGAAUUUGAAAUUGAAACUGGAACUUGAAAAACGACGAACUGUGCAGCUUGAUUCUGAUGGUUCUCCUGAGAGUGAUGGAAGUGAUAGAGUUGUAUCCAGAGACGCAAGUACCGGUAGCAAAAAAUCAAAACGGAGCUACGAGGACUUAGAAAAAGCCGUCACCGUGCUUAGAAAAGUAGUUGAAAAAUUACAAAACGAGAAUAAGAGACUCAAAACAUCAGAAACUCAUCAAAUGAGGGAUGAUAAGGGAUACAUGGAGAAAUUACAAAUGGAGCUACAGAAAGCUCAAGAGAGUUAUAUGGAUUCACUUGAUAAAAUUUCUUCUCUUGAGGCUCAUUUGAAAAUGGAAAAAGAAAAUUAUAGAAUGGUUCAAGAACAACUUCUGCAAAAGGCAAGGCUGCUUACAAAGUGUAAAAUUCUUCUGGAACGAGCAGCAGUCCGUGAAAAAGCGCUCAAUGAACAGGUUUCUGAUUUGCAAAAAUUGAUACCGCCGGAGUCACUUCAAGGGACUUAUCACAGUACCCUACAUUGAAUAUCAAUUUUGAAGUCACAAAGAGGAGGAUGGAGUAGCUCUCUGAUUCCAGUUCACUUAUUCCUUGUGCUUCAUCCACAUGCCACCACGUGCUUCAUUUUCAAGCAUUAAGAUAAAGAAAGAAUAUUAAGUCACUACUAGUCUCAAAGAAGUUAUUUUUCUAAUAUUAAUUGAAAGCGUAUUGUAAUGGAACUUUAAUUCACUAUUUUUUAUCUAGUCACAUUAUCUAGUCAUUCUAAAAGUAUACUCAUUUUCACUUCUGAAUAAUAAAUUUUGA